AAUUGCCAAGAAAAUAUUAAAUUUGGUUUGAAACACAUAGAACGCCCUCGUACGUAUCCACACCAAUCACGGUUGAGCUGACAUUAAGCGGGUACGUUCCCUUUAAACCACAGGAAGGCAUUUAAUAAGCCGUUACCCUCCUUCACGCUCAUUGGCUGACAGGAAGAUUGACAGUUUGUGUAGCCAUUGAGCGACACGCUUUUACUUUCACGGAAAAUACGUCAUCGAGUAUGCGGAAGACGCAACGAAAUACGCGAGCGGUGUGAAAUUAAUCGAAGCUUGUUUUUCUUUGUCAUACAAAAGUUCACGCUUAGCGCACGAGACAUUUAUGGUGCUUUUCAAAUUAUAGUGUCACAGAUCAAGAAUUCUCAUCAUGUCGAAGCAGACUCUGGGGAAGACUCUGCUGCGGAAUGUUAUCCGGCACACGGAUGCUCACAACAAGAUCCAGGAAGAGUCCGAGAUGUGGAAGUUGCGUGGCUGGGAGGUCCAAAUGUCAAACAACAGUCACAUGAGCGCCACCAAGACUAUCAGAGGUCAAAUGCACUGCGAUCGAUUAUCCUAUCAGUCCAGAAUUUCCUCAGAACACGACGAUAGGGAGACUCGAUACUGGACGCGAAAACUCUACGACUUUGAGGACAACGAUCCAGACAGAUGGGGGCACAGUGGCUUCAAGGAGCUGUACCCUGAAGAGUUUGCGAGUGACAGUGACAAAAGCAGCACCGUAAAGGAGGAGGGCCACAAAAGUAAAGCCUCAAAGUCGAAACGCUCCAAAAAGAAGAAGAAAAAGAAAAAGAAGAAAAAAGAGGAAGAAGAGGAGGGAAAAAAGAAGAGUGAAGACAGCAGCGAUGACAACAAGACGAAAAAUCGUCAUAAAAGUAAGAAAAAGGAGAGGAAAGACGAGGACCGGCGGAAACGCAAGAGGAAAAACGACGACUCGCACAAACAUUCGGACUCCGCAAAGAAACACAGGAGGGACUGGAAAGCGGCAGGCCAAGAGAGCACAGAUGAAAGUUCCGAAGAGUGAACAGAAUUCUGUCAUUGGAGCAAAAUAAACUCAGCAUUUUUUUUUUAAUAUGUGCAUUUUUUUAACAUGUUUGAUGGCAUUCUCUGUUUUUUUUUUUACGUUACAUAAAGCUUAUUGACAACAAAUGUUGUAUUGCUCCAACACAACUGAUUUAUAUAAAACUCAUUAACUGCCAUAUACGGCUAUAGACGUCUUUUGACUGGGCUGGCAGUGAAUGGGUUAAGUACAAAUGAAUAUUAAAAAAAAAAAAUCUACCAUUAAGGAGCAGUUGAGGAGGCCCUGUGAUAUUCCCGUUCUUAAGAAAAAAAAAA